AAGAAGGAUCACACUGGCGACGAAGAAGAAAUUGGCUUUUGUUGACGGAUGUUGAAUUGUAUGGUUAGUAAUCGACAGUAGUAUUCUAUUUCAUCAUUUCAUUAUCAUUUUUAUUGAUAUGUUUACGGACGAAGCCCAAGUGUCAGUGAAUAUCCCGUCAUCCUGGAGAAAAUCUCAGCAGGCGGCGCAAGAGUCGAGAGGCUGCCAAACCAGAUCCAUUCAAAGUGCUGAAGCAGGUGUACAGACUCGUUCUAGUGUCAUCAGCAGUACUCAGACAGAGCCCCAAGAUCAUGUGACAACAGAAUACCUUCAAAACCCCCAAAAUGCGCUCAAUUGUCCUCGCUUGCGGGAGUUCCUACAGAAGGUUGAAGGCCCAGUCAUCCGUGAGUUGGUCAGAAACUCCAAAAGUCAUGCUUUUGAUGGCUUUCAUGUGAACUGGGAAGAACACAAUCAGAAGGUUUUGUGCCUUCACCAACUUCAACAUCCCAGGGCCCUCGAGCGAGAUCUUCAUGUAACAAGCGUUUCUUGGAGUUGUACUGGUGCCGUAAUAGCCUGUGCAUACGGCCGGAUGGCAGAAGGUGAUUGGAGCAAUGACAAAUCAUACGUGUGCACGUGGAACCUAGACCAUAGCGGUCUGAAGCCCAAACAAGCUGAUCUAGUAAUUGACGUUCCAACUGCAGUAACAUCUCUAUGUUGUCACCCGAAGCACCCCGCUCUCAUGGCAGGUGGUUUGUUCACCGGUGAAGUGGUGAUUUGGGACACCAGACAGUCUACAGAUCCAGUACUGGCACAAACUGGCAUGUCUGCGGACAGCCAUAGAGAACUUGUAUGUCAGGUUACCUGGGUACCCCUGCAGAAUAAAGGAGAGUAUGAUGUGUUAAGUGCAUGUUCUGGAGGAAGGAUUCUACUGUGGACCGUUAGUGUGGACCAAGGAAAAAUUUCCCUGAAAGCUGCCUUUGCACUCGUGCAACAGCAACUUCUUUCCAGUAGCAUCAGCUUCAAGGGUGAAGGCAGCAGCACUGUGGGUGUCACCUCCUUGGAUCUGUCUCCAUGGGACCCAGACACGUUUUUAGUGGGCUCCGAGGGCGGUCUUCUGCUUAGAUGCUCUCUCUCCUCACAUACACUAGCUGCGGUCCCGUCUGAAUGUCUGAGUGUGCCACUGCGAGCGCCGGCCGUCUUUGCUUUUAGGCCUAGUGGGGGCCCUGUCCACUCCAUACAUUGCUCACCUUUUCACAGGAACCUGUUUUUGAGUGCGGGAACCGAUGGCUUGGCUCACCUCCAUUCUUUGCUGCAGACCAACCCACUGCGCUCCCUUCGAGUGUCGGAAACUUACGUUUUUAAAGUGCAAUGGUCUCCAACCAGGCCAUUGCUUUUUGCCACAGCCACAGGACAAGGUGAGGUGCAAAUAUUUGAUCUGAGCCGCAGGUCCCCGAGACCAGCGGCCACCAUCGACCCAGGAGGCGUCGGCCAGGCUGCGACCUGUUUGGCCUUCAACUGUAAAAACCCUGGCCUUCUUGCAGUUGGGAAAACCGAUGGGACAGUUGGUGUUUGGAAGCUUAGCACUGACUUGACAGAGCAGUUCCCCACAGAAAGCCAACUCCUGGAGCAGAUAACCAAUCAAGUCACAGAAUGACACCGAUGGAUGGAGACUGCUGCAUUGGACUCGGUCAUCUGAAUUUGAACUUUACUGAGUUCCUUUUCUUCCAAUGAGGAGAGAAUAAUGAUGCUAAUGUCAUUUCUGUGCUUGGUCUUGCAAAAACAGUUUCACUGUCAUCACAAGUUUGAGAAACUUGUGGACCUUGCGCUAUUAUGUGCAAAAACUGCAACAAAACAGAAUGAAUAUAUUAAUAGGGAAUUUUUUACAAAUUUGCUUCAAUUUUUAUGAUACAACAAAAAUACUGAUGCUUACAUUUCAUGAUUGUUGAUUCCACAGGGAUGUAUGACAAUCUCAAUGUUUAUGCUUUCAUUUGUGGUAGUGGCAUUACAAAUAUCUCAAUUUAUAUGAAUGUACUGCUAAUUUGUUUAAGUUUUUUUUUUUUUUUUUUUUUUAAAUACUGUACAGAUAAACACAAAAUUAAAAUC